AUGGCACCGAGAGAAGCACUUCCAAACAGGAUAUCGGAUCUGAAAGCUUUUUUUGAGUCUGAAGGGUGGAGUACUGAUGAUGAUGGCAGAUCUGACACUGAAAGUGAAUAUUCUGUAUGGUCACAUUCCGAUAACGAAACCGAUCAAGACCAAGUUGAGAUAGAGAAGGAAAAUAUACAGCCACCCAUAGAUACAAAUGCUCCCAUGAACCCGUUUACCAUCAUUCAAGACGCCAAGCGCUACUUCACAGAAAAUGCGAUCUUUGCAAUUGUCAACCACCUUGGCAAUGUCAGAGUCUACGGAAAGUACCGGAAUAAAAACGAAACGCCCUUUACGAUUUUCAUCAACAAAUCCUCUGGCAAAUUGGUUUUCUACUACCCUGAUUCAAACAGCUCUCAUACGAAAAGAAAUGGUGACUGGACAUUGAAGGAUAUUCCAUUGGAUGAGCUUCAACGACUUGGGCCAUGCGAACGUCGGUUCUCUCGCUAA